AUAGAUACCUUCCGUUAUGCCGAACGACCAACCUAUACAACUUCAAACGGCUGCCCGGUAAUGAACCCACAGGCCACGAUGAGGGUCGGACCAAAUGGUCCAAUCCUUCUACAGGAUUUUCACCUCAUUGACACGCUGGCUCAUUUCGACCGGGAGAGAAUCCCGGAGCGUGUAGUCCAUGCCAAGGGCGCUGGAGCCUAUGGCGAGUUUGAGGUCACGGACGAUAUCAGUGACAUCACGAUCAUUGAUAUGCUCAAAUCCGUCGGCAAAAAGGCCAAGCUGGUCACUCGCUUCUCGACUGUUGGUGGCGAGAAAGGAUCAGCCGAUAGCGAGCGAGAUCCUCGCGGAUUUGCGACCAAGUUCUACACCGAUGAGGGCAAUUGGGAUUGGGUUUUCAACCAUACGCCCAUAUUCUUCAUUCGGGAUCCGGCUAAAUUCCCACUGUUCAUCCACACGCAGAAGAGAAACCCUCAAACUAACUUGAAAGAUGCGACAAUGUUUUGGGACUUCCUGUGCUCGAAUCAAGAAUCGAUCCAUCAAGUGAUGCAGCUCUUCAGCGAUCGUGGAACACCUUAUUCGUACCGCCAUAUCAAUGGCUACUCGGGUCAUACAUUCAAGUGGAUUAAGCCGGAUGGCGGAUUCAACUACAUCAAGAUCCACGCUAAGACGGAUCAAGGUAGCAAGAAUAUGACUGCCGAAGAAGCUGUCAAACAGGCAGGCGUCAACCCAGACUGGCACACGCAAGAUCUCUUCAACUCGAUUGAACGCGGAGAGUAUCCAUCGUGGACAUGCUAUGUUCAGGUGCUGAGCCCAGAGCAGGCGAAAGUCUUCCGGUGGAACAUUUUUGACCUUACUAAGGUCUGGCCGCACGAUCAAGUCCCACUUCGUCGAUUCGGACGAUUGACGCUGAACCGCAAUGUGGAAAACUAUUUUGCGGAGAUGGAACAAGUAGCAUUUUCCCCGUCGCACCUUGUUCCAGGCGUCGAACCAUCUGCGGACCCAAUGCUCCAGGGCCGCCUGUUCUCUUACCCAGAUACCCAUCGUCAUCGACUGGGUGUCAACUACCAACAAAUUCCGGUGAAUUGUCCUCUGCGUGCGUUCAACCCUUACCAUCGUGACGGCUCGAUGACGGUCAAUGGUAACUAUGGUGCGAACCCUAAUUACCCAUCCUCGUUCCGACCCCUACAAAUGGGCUCUGUGGGUGCGAGCCAGGAACACGAGCAGUGGACUGGUGCGGCGGUGUCGGACUUGAUACCUGUCACGGAGGAAGACUAUGCGCAAGCUACAGCACUUUGGAAAGUGCUGGGACGACAAACCGGCCAGCAGGACAAUUUUAUCUCUAAUGUUUCUGGCCAUCUAUGUGGAGCGAAAGAAGCUGUCAGAAAGCGGGCUUACGAGAUGUUUUCACGGGUGGACGAAAGUUUAGGUUCCCGAAUUGCGCAAAGCACCGAAGCUAGA